GCCUACUUUCUUUUUCCUCUCAAAACCUCUCUCACAGUGAACAACUUUUCUCUCCAUUACCUUUCUUUGACUUGCAAAGUUGUUCUCCUCAAACUAACCAAACAAGGGAUUCUGGGUUUUCAGCUUUCUCUGUUUUCCUACUCUCUUUCGCCUUUGCAUGACCUGCUUACAUAGAAACAUAAAAGUCCGAAAUACAAUUUAGGUGGUUUGUAUAUAAGAUGGGGUGUUUUACAGUUUUGAGAAGCAACAAGAAAAAGUCCAAACAGUCAGUUUUUGUAAAACACAUUGCUCAUAAAGAGCAUAUUCCUACCAUGCUGCCUGAGCCCCAAAUUCAGACACGAUCACUGCAAUCUGCACCCCCAAGUUUUAUAACCAGAGUAAAACCAAUUCAAUCUAAUAACAAGGCAAGCUGCAAUAGGACACGUGCAUUAUCUGCUCCGUCAAGUCUUGAUGCUGCUGAGCAAGAUGACCUUGCGUCAGUUGAAUUUGAAGAACAAGAAGAGUUGAAGAGUCGUGUUGGUUUAGUCAAGGAACAGAAGUCAUCAAGUCCACAGCCUCUUCCACUUCCAUCUCCCCACAGUACUGCGCUGAAGACAAUGGGAAGUUUUAAAGCAGGGAAUGUUAGUGGCCCUCUUUUUGCUUCGGGACCAUUACCCCUGCCUCCCUCUGGAACACUACGUAACUUCGCCUACGAAGAAAUUGCAGCUGCUUGCCAUCAUUUCUCUUCUGAUCGAUGCACAUCUGAGGGUCUAUCUUCUGUUAUGUACAAGGCAUCCUUCGGAGAUGACACAUCAAGUUCAAAGAAGUUUGAAGCUACUGUUACUCGCCUUCACCCAUCCACUCAGGGUUUAAGGGAAUUUAUAAACGAAGUAAACACUCUUGCAUCAUUGCAACAUCCAAAUCUCUGUAAAUUGCUUGGGUACCAUGCACGUGAUAAUUCAGAACAACGAAUGUUGGUCUAUGAGAGGUUAUUUCAUGGAAGCUUAGACCGGCUUUUAUACGGGAGAUCGGAUGGACCGCCACUUGAUUGGAAUACUCGCAUGAAAAUUGCUUUAUGUUCUGCACAGGGUCUUACUUUCUUGCAUGAGGAAGGACCAUUUCAGGCAAUGUACAAUGAAUUUUCGACUGCCAACAUACAGAUCGACAAGGAUUUCAGUGCAAAGCUCUCAGGAUAUGGGUGCGUUGGUCAUAUCCCAGAGACAGAAGAGAUCUCCAGUAAUUCAGUUGCUGUGGCAAAUAUAUCCGUAGAGACUCUGGAGAGAGGGCGACUAACUCCAAAGAGCAAUGUUUGGAGUUUUGGGAUCAUUCUACUUGAAUUACUCACUGGCCGGAAGAACCUUGACAACCGUUAUCCCAAGGAAGAGAGGAACCUAGUGAAGUGGAGCCGGCCAUUCCUAGCCGACAAUUGUAGAUUGUCACUCAUCAUGGAUCCUCAGCUCAAAGGUCGCUUUCCUAUGAAAGCUGCCCGUACGGUGGCUGACAUUGCACAAAGGUGUCUCCAGAUGGACCCAUCAGAGAGGCCAACCAUGAGAACCAUCGUUGAGCAUCUCAAAAUCAUCCAAGACCUGAAAUACUCUUGUCGGUUUCCUCUGCAAGAUCCAGCAGCAAUUGCUGGAAAACAGAUGUCAAGGUCACCGAGUCUCAACGGCAUCAUUACUCCUGCACCCAGGUCAAGUUUCUCACCGUCACCACCAUCAAGAGCCUGGAUGUCUGUUUCUCCUACAAGACCACCUAAUCUGCCAUUGGCACUUCCACCACGAGCUUGUUCCUCGACACUCUCGUUAGAGGAGUCUGAGAGGCAAGAAAGUAGAAGAUCAUCAUCAGCAACCCUUAUGAGGGCUAGUGUAGAAGGAUAUUGAUUGUUUAUAUAUAUGCAUUUGUUCAUUUUUUUUGUCCCUUUUUUAUUUCAACACAACAUAGAGAAGAUAAUAGAUGUGGUUCUUCCACUGUCUUGAUCCUUCUAGAUGUGGAAAUGGGGAGGAUGCUGUUGUUGUAGAUAAGAGUGCAAGCCUGACCCUCUAAUAUAUAGUGUUAUGUAUAUGUUCAUAAUCAUUCAUAUCAGUCUACUUCUAUACAGAAUGCGAGUUCCAAUGAA